CAGGUCAGAGAACGUGUAGUGACGCAUGGCACGUGCCACUUAUUUUCCGUGACAAAACCGCAUCAAUGCGCAGUAGCCUUGCCGACUUUCAUUCGUCCAUUCCACUUCACUGACCACCGUCAACGCAGGCAUUCCAGUUGAUUGAUUCAUCCCGUCCGGUGGUGGACUGCUGCUAUGAUUUCGUCCUAGGAUUCCUUUUAGAGCGGCCUGCCCUUGGCUGAAGGCGACAAAUUCCAUUCCAUUCCGUCGCCAACAUGUCUGAAACAGAUGGUACAGCUGCCUCCUUCAUUGAACCUCCCUCGAGCGGCGACGACGACAACGACGUCGACUCCUUGCCUUCCGAACCCGACUCCGACGAAGUCACUGUGAGCGAAGAGGACGAAUAUUCAGAGUCCGACGCAGAGCGAGAGUGGAAAGAGAGCUUGCAACAGCUGGAGUUACUGUUGUCCAUGGUCAUCGUCCCCUACGUCGGGAAGUACUUUGGGAGGAAAUUUGCCUAUUGGGGGUGGAAACAAUUCAUGGAAUGGAAAUACCCGGUUGAGAUCGUCGUGACGAGCAAGGCGGCGUUCAAGGGAAUUGGUGCUGUAGAGGCUGCAGCUUCUCUAUAAAGGCAAAAUAACAACAUUGUUGUCUCGGGAGGAACGCUGAAAAUGAGGAAGCUCUCAAACAUCGAUUUGAUCGAGCAGACUGUGGACCGAAACUCUGCAGCGCAAUGAAAAAUUGGGCAUUCCAAGAUGCGGCCGCUUCCAUGGAGGGGGCAGUCUCGCCAGGAGUUUUCUUGCGUGAUCCAGAAGGCUGUCGGUGUACGGUCAACAAAGUCCAUGGGCAGCUAAACACAACAUAACGAACGAAUUUAUUUAGAAGAACGCAAUAACGCCAACAAACCCAAAACCAGCAUCACCAGCGACCUUGUUCUUCGGGGUUGGAGGGGUUGAGGCAUUUCGCUGGCCGGGCGCCGUCGCGCAUCAUGCCGAUUUUUGGUACUGUUGUGUCUGCCGAAGAGGAUAGCUGCCCGUCCCCAGUCGGCAUAUUGCAACUCAAUCGCCUUGGAACAGUGAUACCCUCUCGCCGUUCUCGCUUCGUAUGCGUUUCUAUUAUGUCCCCCAGAGCAAUCAUUUCGAAG